GCAGCCGGCCCAGCAGGGGGAAUUCCGAGAACCCUGGGCUCCGUUCGGGACCCAAAAGGACUUUUUCUUUUGCUUUUUUUUUUUUAAAAAAAAGGGAAGCGAAGAAGAAGAAGAAGAAAAAACUCUGAACGAUCUUCGGGGCUGCGGGGAUUGUGGGCUCCGCCGGGGCAAUGAACAGCCUGGGACGGAGCCGGCGGCCGCAGCCGGAGAUGCUGUCUGCUUCUCUAGCCCCCCUGCUUGCAGCUUCCAGCUUAUCCACGAUGCAGCCGACUGGAGAGACUUCUGAUGAACUAGCAAUCAUAGAUGAGCUGAUUAAAGAAGAUGGUUUUGAUGAGGAGCCAGGAUCCGCCCGGGCCAGUCUGAACGGGCCGGCCAAGCUGAUUCCCAGAAGCACCAACUUUACCCCCCGAGGCGAGAUGCAGAUAGCUGGAGGGAUGAGCCUCUUGCAGAACGGGCUGGAGCCUUUCGGGGUCCCAGCCCCCCCUGCCCCGAAUUCCCCCCGAGAUUCCUUCCCCUCCCAGCUGUCCCAGAGCCUCAAUAACUUGUCCUUGCGGUCCCAGCUGAUCUCAAGGGGGAUGCCCCCCCUUCCCCCUUCCCCCAGCCAGGACUUGAAUGCUCCUUGGCCAGAUCCCGGUCCUUCGGGGGCCCCCACGGGGGGCCCAGAGCCCCUGGAAGACGCCAUGCGGGACCCCCCCGAGCUGGUGAUCAUCGAGCAACCGAAGCAGCGAGGGAUGCGCUUCCGGUACCAGUGUGAAGGACGGUCCGCCGGGAGCAUUCUGGGCGAAGGGAGUAGCGAGACGAACAAAACGCUGCCCACCAUUGAGCUGCAAAACUUUGAGGGCAUCCCAGAAGUGAAAGUGACAGCUUGCUUGGUCUGGAAGGACUGGCCUUAUCGGAUCCACCCCCACAGCCUGGUAGGCAAGGACUGCAACAACGGGCUGUGCGAAGUGAUCCUGAAGCCUCGAAUCAACGCCAGGCACAGUUUUAACAACCUUGGGAUCCAGUGUGUGAAGAAGAAAGACAUAGAGGAAGCCAUCGAGAAAAAGCUACAGCUUGGAAUUGACCCUUUCAAAGCUGGUUCACUGAAGAAUCAUCAAGAGGUUGACAUGAACGUGGUCCGGAUCUGUUUCCAGGCCUCUUAUCAGGACUCUAUGGGGAAAACAUGGCAUCUGAAUCCUGUCCUCUCGGAAGCCAUCUUUGACAAAAAAUCCACAAACACAUCAGAACUCAAAAUCUACCGGAUGAACAAAGAACAGGGAAGCUGCACGGGUGGCGAGGAAUUUUAUUUGCUGUGUGACAAAGUCCAGAAAGAAGACAUCUCUGUUGUUUUCCGGAAAGAUGCUUGGGAGGGCAGAGCUGAUUUCUCACAAGCAGACGUCCAUCGGCAGAUUGCCAUCGUCUUCAAGACCCCCCCGUACCAACACCUUGACAUCCUGGAGCCCGUGGAAGUGGAGGUGUACCUGCGUCGCUUGACGGACAGUGUUUCCAGCGAACCAUUCCCUUUCACCUACCUGCCCAAAGACACAGAUACAUACCGGGUGAAUAAAAAACGGAAGCAAGGUAUGCCUGACGUCCUGGAAGAACUUUCUGGUCCAGAUCCUCACGGGAUUGAAGCAAAAAGGAAGAAGAAGAAACCUGACUAUCUGGAUCACUUCAACUUGACUCCUUCAGUAGACUUCUCCCUGCCCUCUCCGGAAGACAGGGGUUUCCUGGCCAGCAUGGACCGCAUCACUCUGCCGGACCUGUUUGAGGAAUUUGGCCGGUUUUCCGGAUUUUCACCCUACGGCGGCCCCAGCUUGAGCGACGUGGUCCUGCCUUCCGCUACGAACUAUGCAGAACGAGCAGAACAGGAAUUCUUGCUCGAUGCUUAUUCGGUCCACUCGGGCGUCACCGUCCCUCUGGCGCUGCCCGGGGACCCAGAACCCGAAGGGGUGGCAACCUUGGUGGGGAGCAGCAUGUUCCCCAGUCAGUAUAAAGAAGAUGAAGAAGAACUAGAAAUGGGGAACACCACAGCCGUGUGACGGAAGGGCCGCAGUCUCCAUUUUGGACUCGGGAGAAAACCAACGAACGAUUUAUUUCUUGCUGACAACUCAUGGAGGAAAAAGCUAGUAGAAAUCUCUGCUGGGACAGCCCUCUGUGCGAGGAGAAGAUGUGAAGAAACAGGGAAGGGAAGACGAUUGCACUAACGGUGGAAUAAUGGAAGAGAGACUGCAGAAUUAAGGGGGAAGGACUCCACGCACACGUCCUGUUUUCUCUUCCGCGGUUCUCCGUGUAUCAAAUCGGAGCAGCGAGAACAGGGUAGAUCAGUGAUGGCGAACCUUUUAGAGACUGAGUGCCCAAAAAUUGGCCCUGUCCCCGCUCCACCCCCCUGCCCUGCCCCUGCUCUGCCCCCCAU